UUCCGUCCGAGCCGCCCUCUGUAGCGGCCCCGGGCCGGGCAACGCGGCCGCCUCGCUCGGGAGGUUCCCGCGGUCCGGGCCCCAGCGCUGGAGGUGAGCCGCGGAGUUCUCGGGGGCAAAGCGGAGCUCCAGGAAGGCGUGCGGUGCUUGGCCUGGAAGGCAGGCAGUUCUCUGCUGUCUGAACACACCGCCUUUGUAGAGCGGUUCCUCUCUCCGUUCGCCUUUCGGUGCAGCUAUGAGUUCCUUACCGGGCCGUGCCUGCUGCGCUGCCCCGGCGGCUCCUGGGCCUGCAGCUGGGCGGUCCGCACUGCUGGGGAGCGCUGCUGAGAAGUACAAACCGUUCCUGUCGGUGCUGGAAAGAGCUGUUUGUUUCUGAUCUUUUAAACAGUUAAUGCUGCCGAUGUGCCAUCCUUCAAAAUGUUUCACUGAUAACUGGAGCACAAGUACUUAUGUACAGCAUUAAUCCACAGCUGUAAGUUCACUUCAAACGAUACCAUCCAUAGUAUAAUUAGAGGGGAAAGCAGGUGAAGCACUCGAAGAGCUGAGCUGUAGACCCAAAGCACAGAACGGGCCAGUGGAUCCUGAAAUAUCUGUCAGGCCUCUGUGUUGGGCAGCAGUCCUUGUGUGCUGUUUCCUUCUUGGGGGAGCCAUUAGUCAGAAGGCAUCUCUUGUAAGCACACUCUGAUUGUUGGCCUGGGAGCCUCUUCAUUUAACAGUUGAUGUGAGACUGAGAUCUUAGUGUUUUGUUGGGCUAGCAAUGGAGAGAGGGAACAUCCGAGGGCUGCUGUUCUUUAAGUGCAUCUGAACUCUGCUUUGUUUUUUCCUGCUCUGAGGAGCUCCUCUGAAGGAGGAAUGGUUCUGUGUGAGAGUGGAGAGGUCUGGCUUCGCCUUCUUGUCAAUUCCAGGGUUUGUCUUAAAUCUUACGCCUCCCCUGCACACGUGCUAAUGGUGUGUGGGAAGGCCUUACAGCCCUUUACGUGGAAGGCGACAUACAACCUGAAGCAAAGACUUUCUGCACAUCAGCAGGAAAAGGAGAACUUGUGAUCUGCAUGGAAUUAGUUCAAGUUAGCAGAACUGACAUUACAAAUUCGCUGCAAGCAUCUUCUCUUGCAAGGAUUCCUGAAAUUCUGAUCAUUUUCUAAAAUCAAGUUCUAUGCAGGCACAAGUUAGAUCUUUAAAUAAUUUGACAAAACUAUUAAUGGCAGACUACGCAGCUCAGUGUGAUGCUUUGAAACUGCUUUCCUCUUGAGACUGAUAACCUGUGGUAUGAUCCAUUGUCUGCUGAGUUAGGUGCCUUCCUUGCCUGCUCUCUUACUUUGUUUUGGAGUUGCCCAUUGCCAUAUUCAUAGACAAUUUUGCUUCACUUGUUCUUAUUGAUCUUGGAAAUUCAUUCAUAAUUAUAUCUUUUAACUUGCAUGGAUAACACAGUAGGAGAGGAUGAUCAGAUGAACUGAAAUGCUGAUUUUUGAGGCAAAACCCAGAACAGCUCUUUUGAAAGUCAUUAGUUAAAAUUAGUUAAAGAGGUAUGUACUGAGGAAGAGAAGCCACCAGUCCGUUUGACUGACUUCUAAGACAGAGGGGUUUGUUGUGAUGGAAUUGCAUGUGGAUGAGGGUGAGGCUCCAUCCCACUGAUUUCUUUGCUUCUACAUUAAGAUAGGGGAGAAAAUCCUAUGUCGUGUGUGCAUGUGCACUGGGGCAGGGCAAAGUAAAGUGGGGAAAAAUGGCAGUGGAAGAACAGGGAAUGGCCACGGCUAUUCUAAACCUUCAGACCUUGUAAACUUACAUUUACUCACACCAGAAAAUGAUGUGUUUGGAUGUGAACAGAUGUAUGCCUGUGAGUCUGUGUUGAGUACCCCAGUACUGCUCAGAAUGCUGAUGUAGAGCCUUGGGGCACUGCAAAAAUGUUUGGGGCUUUGGCUGUUUGUGAAAAGUUGGAAGAUGCAGAACCAGGGUCUUUGUCCCAUCAGGCACACUGGUCUGUAAAAAUAAAGGUAACAGGAAAGCUUGUUGGAGUAAGAAGGAAUUGUAAAAUUAAAGGUAUGUGAUGUUAGAAAAAUAGGACUUUCUAUUGUGCUCAUCCUUAAAAAUAAAAGAGGAGCUGAAGAUUUCUAGCUAAGAUUUUGGGAGACUGGAAGCUCAAUCUGUAAUGCUCAAGGGACUUGCUAGGCAUGAGAUAAGAGCAGACCCUUAUCCCCUCCAUGGGGAUUCCCUGGCUGGGCUUCUCCACUCCAGCUCUUUCUCCCUGAGGGUCUGUCUCUUGUCUUGACCGGUUAGCUCACUGUCUUCCUUUCCUUACCAGCCCCUGUUUGGUAGGCUUUGUCUUCUGGUUACUGGACAUCUCAUAAUUCCUUUUCUCUUUCCCCUCCCUCCUUCUGAAAAUACUAGGUUAAUUGGCUCUAGUGUUUUGCAGGCUAUCUGCCUGGGUGACACGGAAUAAUUGUAUCCCUGACUCUAACUUAGUCAGUAGUAAUGACAUAGUAACUAGACUGGAAACGAUGGUAAUUUUGUGGCAACUUGCCUUCUGGUGAUAUGCCUCCUGCAAUAAACCCUAUAUAACACUGCUGGACUGCCCAUGCCACUAUUGUUAUUGUUAUGAUACCGUGGGAUGUCUCAGACGUGUUGUUUGAGACACCCAGCCUCUCCUGCAUCACUUGUUAACUGCAGUUUGAGUCGGGUAAUUGCUGACCUGGGCUGCAGCCUUUCAGAGAGCGAGAGGAAUCACAGAAUCACAGAAUCACCCGGGUUGGAAGGGACCCCAAGGAUCAUGUAGUUCCAACCCCCCUGCCUAGCAGGGCCACCAAACAUACACAUUCAGAUCAGGUUGCCCAGGACCCCGUCCAACCUGGCCUUAAACACGUCCAAGGAGGGGGCAUCCACAACCUCCCUGGGCAGCCCGUUCCAGGGCCUAACCACUCUCCUAGUAAAGAACUUCCCCCUAACAUCCAACCUAAAUCUUCCCUCCUUCAACUUAAAACCAUUUCCCCUAGUCCUGCUGUUGUCAGCCCUUUUGAAGAGUUUACUCCCCUCCUGGGUGUAGGUUCCCUUCAGGUAUUGAUAGGCUGCAAUGAGGUCACCCCGCAGCCUUCUCUUCUCCAGGCUGAACAAGCCCAACUCCCUCAGCCUGUCCUCAUAGGGGAGGUGCUGCAGCCCCCUGAUCAUCUUAGUCCCAAGAAGGAAGACCCCAGACUUGGAGAUGUGCUCGUGUUGUUUGCUUCCACCUCAUCUUCACCUUUUCUCAUGACAUCCAGAGAUUGUCCCUGUCACCAGGAGCUUGGCUGUGAUGGUUCUAUGUUCUGCUCUCUGUUGUAACCAGACCAGAAGAAAUACUGGGGGAAAAAGGUCAAUCAAGGCUGCUUGCCUAGCAGUUAGCUUGAGAACUAACCCUUUUGGAGUCGGUAGGUCUGCAUUUUAUCUGUCCGGGAGGACAGUGCUCCUGUCAACUGAUGUGUUAUUGAAGUGGAAGCAGGAGGUUGGUGGGUCAGGGGCUGCUUAGUUGUUUGUAUUAAAGAGCUCUUUUGUAGAGGUUGUAAUAGUGUAGGCAAACAAAGACAGGAGUGCUGAAGAGAGUAAGCUGUGAUGAUCUUCUGGUGUCUCGGAAGGAAAGUUAGAAAUGCGGUUCUGUCUGGGACAUCUGCUUUGUGAAAAACAAAACUUAGAAAAAUGUGAGACUGCUAAUACUGACCUUCUGUUGCAGAUCUUUAUUGCCAGAAAGCCAGGCUGCUGAAGACAGUGUGACGAUUUGUUGUCUCACUUCUCCUUUUUAGUAACCGUGUUCUUUAAAAACACAAAACAAUUCAAAGGAUUUUUGUGCUCUUGAAAAAUACCGCUCUUAUUUCUGCAUCCAAGUAGUAGCAGACUGUGGCAAAUUGUCAGCUCUUACUCUAAUUUUUUUCCUAGUGUAAUAUGAGUUCUCCUUUUUGCAGUUUUGAAACAAUUACUGCUGUCAGUGUUAGCCUUUUGUUUGGAAAAUUAAGAGGGAGACAAAUCAUCCUAGCACCAAAUGGAUAUGGGGGGCAUGUGUAGCUUAGUGAAGCUUAGGCCUGUAAAUCUAGAUGUCCCAGAACUUGGCCAUGUGCUGGCUAUUCAAUAUUUUCAUUACAAGUGGGUCUAUGUGGAGAUCCUCAAAUACUCUGUAUUAGCACUCAAAUGGGUGGUCCAGAAAUGCUACGGGUCUGAUACACAACGCAUACUGCCUGUUAGGGAGUUAGGGAGUGUACUUGUUGUGAGACACAGGGACAGAUACCCACACAACUUACCAGGUUUCUGAAACAAACAGCAAGUGAGUGAAAUCAAGGAUAGGUGAAAAUUUAUCUACAAAGCAUGGUGGCUGAAGCUGCCACCAGGCUGGCAAGGGGGAGCUGAUGCUCUGUGUUAUAACUGGUAAUGUAAGUCAGAGGGCUCAGAGGGUCUGCUUAGAUGUUCUUGCUGCAGUUAGCAUCUGCACACUGUGUAAAGAACUGGUGCUGUGCACUGUGAUGGGCAACUCGUUAGAGAGAGCUGAGGUCUCUGCAGGUGACUUUGUGUAUCUUCUGCUUCAAAAAUGGCAGUCAGUUUUAAAAAUCCAAGUGCAUGCUCUUAAAAUGCUAUAAGGUUUCUGUUUGCUUUUAAGCCUUUCCACUUUGUACAAUGCCUUGUACAUAACUUGGUGUUUAUUCCAAUAUUUACAUGGCUGGGUGCUCCUGCAGUUCCUGCACAACUGCAUGAAGAGAGUGAUUCGGUCGGCUGGCAGACUUCACUGAGAUCGGUGGCAGAGCUUCUUGUGAGCAUCUGAUGCCACAGGUGAUGUCAGGAGGCAGUCUGGCUCCCGCCCCAUGCUGCUGGGUGCUGCUGGGCACCUGCGUGGUGCUAUUGGCUGAUCCGAGCUGUGCUGGAGGUGGUACACCACUAACCAGAGCUGCUACGAUGGCUUUCUGGUUUUGCGGGAUUAGUGUAGCUUUCUGAAUUGCUGGGAACAGGGAGAAAUAUGGAGUUAUGAACUUGUUACCUCAGUUUUAAGCAUAACUAAUUGGUACAGAAAUCACUGACAAUCCACUUUAAUCCUGUUCUGCUGUACAGAAGCAAUGGAAGUACCUCCAUUUCUUCUGGGUGAAAUCUGCUAGUCAAACUCAGAGCACUGCAAAAUCCACACACACCCGGCUCGGUCUGUAGACCGAGGCUGUUUUUUGAGUCACUCUGGUUUGGCUGUAGGAUAGUUGCAGAUUUCUGUACUUUAUGGAGUUGCCUGAGACAAAUUAAGGUACGUAUUUGCAGCGCAGCACUCAAAUGCUCAGAGCCUGGUGUGUCUGUGUCAGGCAUCUGAGAAUCGUGGUUUCUGCAGGUAUUCUGAUCGGCACGUUUGCUGAAGUGGUGUGAAACGGUUGUGUCUCAGCAUAUAAGGUAGCUCUGCCCCUGGCAUAUACUGCUUUUGUUGUGAAUAGCACAUACUGAAGUGCUGGAGAUCUGUUAUGUUGUGCAAAAGUUACAGUGAACCCUGGAAAAGUGAUGAAGGAAUUGAUUAUACAUCUUGCAUGUGAAGGGGAGAGGGGAAAGGCUGACAGCUGUAACGAGAUGGAGAUGAGCUGCGUGGUGACUGAGUCUUUAUUUCAUGAAACUGGUGGAUUCAAACACACCCAGGGUUUGAGUGUUGAAGUGUGUACUGGAUGAGAAAUGGCUUGGAAUCCAGCCUGGUUCUGGGUUCAGCUUUAUUGAAAUUGAUGGUGUCAUCUAGAAUGGCUGCAUCCUCUGACUGUCAUAUUUCCCCUCUGUUUUGCUUGUAGCCUAAACAAAUUUCUCAAAGCAAGUACUUCUGCUCUGUCAAUUGGUUCAUUAACUUAUUUAUAUUACAGAACCACCAGAAGAUACCUUUCUACCAUUGUGCAUUAGUUAGCUAACCAGACUUGGGUUUAUCCUGUGAAAAUACAAUCACAGAAUCACAGAAUCACAGAAUUGUAGGGGUUGGAAGGGACCUCCAGAGAUCAUCGAGUCCAACCCCCUGCCAAAGCAGGUUCCCUACAGCAGGUCGCACAGGUCGGCAUCCAGGCAGGUCUUGAACAUCUCCAGAGAAGGAGACUCCACCACCUCCCUGGGCAGCCUGUUCCAGUGCUCCGUCACCUCACUGUACAGCCGUUCCUUCGCACAUUGGUGCAGAACUUCCUAUGCUGCAGUUUCCAGCCGUUUCCCCUUGUCCUGUCUCCACUCACCACUGAAAACAGUCUGGCCUCGCCAUUCAGCCCCCCACACCUUAGAUAUUUAUAGACCUGGAUCAGGUCCCCUCUCAGUCUUCUUUUCUCAAGGCUGAACAGACCCAGUUCACUCAGCCUUUCUUCAUAGCAGAGAUGCUCCAGGCUCCUCACCAUCUUCGUGGCCCUCCGCUGGACUCUUUCCAAGAGAUCCCUGUCUUUUUUGUACUGGGGAGCCCAGAACUGGACGCAGUGCUCCAGAUGAGGUCUUACCAGGGCAGAGUAGAGGGGGAGGAUCACCUCUUUUGACCUGCUGGCCACGCUCUUUUUAAUGCACCCCAGUAAGCCAUUGGCCUUUUUGGCCACAAGGGCACACUGCUGGCUCAUGGCCGACCUGUCGUCCACCAGGACACCCAGGUCCCUUUCCGCAGAGCUCCCCUCCAGCAGCUCAUCCCCCAACCUGUACCGGUGCAUGGAAUUAUUCCUCCCCAGAUGCAAGACUCUACACUUGCUUUUGUUAAACCUCAUCCGGUUUUUUUCUGCCCAGCUCUCAGCCUGUCCAGGUCUUGCUGAAUGGCAACACAGCCUUCAGGCGUGUCAGCCAAUCCUCCCAACUUCGUAUCAUCGGCAAACUUGCUGAGGGUGGCCAUUAUCCCCUCAUCAAGGUCAUUGAUGAAGAUGUUGAACAAGACCGGACCCAGCACAGACCCCUGAGGAACACCACUGGUUACAGGCCUCCAUCAUCCUAGCAAAUCUUUCUGUCCACCUAAUAAAUUAGGAUGAAGCACAUAUUGGGAAAAGAUUUAAAGCUUCUUGAUGGGGCUGAGUAUGUAGGGUAUUGCGUGGUUAGAGAAUGCAAAAUAGAGGGAGGGAUUCAGGCGUGAUGUGCUGGAAAAGCUGUUUAAACAAUGUGCCUUCUGUGAGCAGAAGUCACGGUGCUCAGGGAUAGGCUUUGCCCCAGGUGGGGUUGGGCACAGUCCCAGUGCUGGAGCUCAUGGGAAGCCACUUUCAGCCAUAGCAUUUGGGUGGUGCUGUGUGGGCACUCAGAGCUGGCCCUUGACCUGCUGCCAGGUGUCAGUCAACCUAUCUGGUCCUGCACUGCCCACCUGCAUGCCUUGCUUCCACUCCGAGGCAGAUGUAUUUUGUUGAGGCAAACUGUGUCCUAGUUGUUUGGGUUCCUUGAAUACUGCAGUUUGAUUCCAAAAAGUAAGGCUAACCAGAAUGUUUUGUUAUCCUGAUGUGAAACAGGUCAGCAGAGUUCCCAUUCUUCUUUUCAUUGGUCAUGAGCUGACUCUAGUUCACUGAAAAAUGUUGAAGCAGGAAGCCUGACAAACUUGCAGUUCACUGUUAACCAAUUACAGCAGAGCUUUCUUGCUUUUACACUGCAUCUAAGUAAUGAAGAAGUAAUUCUGCAUGAAUGCAUAUCUUCAGUAGAGACGUGGAGCUGUGCUGCAGCCCCCGCUAGUGUGCACUUGUUUAGGACUGUGCGAGCUGUGCUCUGAGCUGGCGAGAACCCACAGCAUUUCUGCGGUGUUCCAGAGAGCCCAAGCCACAGUGGGCAGGCAGACACGGAUGCAAAAAACACAAGGGAGUAGAUCAGGGUCCCAGCAAUCCUGAGGUGUGCUUCUUUUGCUCCCUUAUUUUCCCCAGGGACUGCCAUCUGGGUUCACUAACGAACACUGGGGUCUGCUCAGAGCAGCUGCAGUCUGAAGCUCCUGGUGUAACCAGGGAGGUGCUUUGGGUUGUGGUGUCCAGCUGUGCCUCUUCGUUGUGCCCCAAAGUCUGAGUUAAAACCCUUGCCCUGGAGAGCUGGGCUCUUGCUUUCAACUUGGAAUGCAUGCUGGCUGCCAGUGUGUGAUAUAGUCCGCUAGAAACUGAGGUUUGGUGGAUCAUAGGCUUCUGAAAGAGUCCUUAUCUGUUUGGGGAGCAGUUUGUUUGUUGUGUGAAGUUGCCAUGCUAAUGCUUUUUUUUUUUUUUUUUUUUUUUUAAUGGAGACUGCAAGAUAUUGCCUCUCCACUAUUUCCACGGGUUCCUGGGGGAGCAAGGCUGCAGGGCUCCCUGUUCUGCCUCCCCUUUGUUCCCCAAGUGAAUAUAAGAACAAUUACUUAGCUGAGAGGCAGGCAAAAUAAAUGAACAGAGAGGUGGCAGCUGUUGAAUUUUGUGGAAUUUUGGGAAGCUGUGGUCCGAUAGAAACCCAGACUGGUGCCUGCACUGCACGCAGCAGGAGUGGUGGCACAGGAAUGGGGGUCUGUACAGCAUGACAUGUUGAGAACACAGUCUGAACAACCCUCUGGGAGGACUGGAUCUAUGGUAUGUAAGGUGAGCUUUGGAGGCAGAGGACGCGUGUCUGUAGGGAGCAGGCUUUUUGGAAUAUCAGCUUCAAAAAUUGUCUAAAAAUGUUUCAGUGAGGGUGCAUUUUUGCUCUGUGGGUAUGUAUGACAGUCAAAAGUAGUGCCUGACAGUUCCUGGCCUUCUCAAAGUGUUUUGGAUGCCUGCUUCCAUGGACUUACAUUUUUUAGAAUAGCCUUGAUCUAAUGUAUGUCGUAUUCUUGUUUGCUCAGCACCAUCUGUGUAAGGGACUUCUGUUUGAGGAAAACUCGCUUUAUCUGGAGAAUGGCACAUGUAAGAAUGUGUUUUAUGGCUAUCUUUCUACAUCCACCCUCUACUUUCUACUGAGAAAACAAUGGGACAAGCUAAUUUUCCAACUAGAUUCCUCACAACCAGGUCUCAUGUAAAAAGUAACCAUGCAGAAAAGCAGCUUUUGAUCUCCUGCCUGCUCCUUAAUUGCACUAACGGUGACAGUGAGAUAUUUCAGUGUUUGCACGGUUAAGCAGAGGAGCUGCCACAGCUUUCUUGUUUAUUUUUUCUCUACAUCAGCUCUGAACAGAAGUGAUGACAAGGAGCUGCAGGUGCAGCACUUGCUAUACAAAGCAGACGUGCCUUUGUCUGUCCUUAUCUCGAAAGAGCUUCUCAGUUAUCCUGGUAAAGUUGGGAAUUGAAAAGAAAUGAGGCUGAGUCAACUUGACUGAACAUGGAAAAACAAACAUGAAAAAACAAACAUGGAAAAGAAUGUGCUAGAGAAGGAAAAAAAAAAGAGAAUUAAUUUCUAGACCCAGAUUAUGCUGUACUAGGGAGCAACUGUCUGGUAUUCACAGAUUAAACAGUGGCUUAGCUAACAUGCAUUGAUAGUGGUAGCACGGAAUGACUUAAGCUAGAAGGGGCUGCAGAGAUCAGCCGGUUCCAACCCCCGUCCCUCUGCGCAGGGCUGCUCUCUGUGAGCUCUUCUCCCAGUCUGCACACACCUGGCGCUGCCCCGACCCGAGCACAGCACCCCGCGCUGCGCCUUGCUCGGCCUCAGCAGGUUCUCGUGUGCCCCUUCUCCAGCCUGUCCAGGUCCCGCCGGGUGCCGCCCUCCCUUCUGCUGUGCCAUCGCAAACUGCUGAGGGUGUGCUCGACGCCAUCCUCCAUUGGUCCCAGUGGUUAAAGAGCGCCGCUCCCAAGAGGGACCCGUGGGGGACGCUGCUUGUCGGCCUCCACCCGCACGCAGAGCCACUGAGCGCAGUGCUCUGGCUGUGAGCGCCGACCAGUUCCUUAUCACUGAGCAGCACCUUCAGAUCCAGCUCUGUUCGACACACAGACGAGGACGUGGCACAGGACCGUGCCGAAGGCCUCGCGUGGAUCCGGGCAGGCGACACCAGGUGCCCUUCCUUUGGCCACUGAUGCCAGGCUCCGUCGCAGAAGGCCACCGGACGGGUCAGGCGCCAUCCUCUCUUGGUGAAGCCGUGCUGGCUGUCUCAGAUCCCCGCUCAUCCCUUACGUGCCUUGGCAUCUCUUCCAGGAGGAUCUGCUCCACAGUCUUCCCAGGCACAGAGUGUUCCAUGUGGAUCCCAGAGGGCCUGCAGGUGGCUGUGAAAGCCAAUGGAAUGACUGCCUACAUCAUAGGAGUGAUGUUGGCGGACGGCCGCCAGCGGCAUGGUGCGAUGUGCUGAGGGGCGGCCGCGGGGCUGUGGCACGGCGAGGAGCUGCUCUGAAUGAAGCCAGGCUCCCUGCACCAUGGGCCAGUGCGUCACCAAGUGCAAGAAUCCUUCGUCUACCCUCGGCAGCAAAAAUGGGGAAAGGGAAACGGGCAGCAAAUCGCAUAGCAAGAGAAGUGCUGUCCACAAAGAUGAGCAGGCUUCGGCGUGUGGGAAGUCUUCGGGAGACGUACUUGUGAACGGGACAAAGAAAGCGGAUGCUGCUCUGGAGUCCGGUCCUUCGGUAUUUUCUGGGGAUACAAAGAAAGACUCUGUCUCCAGCGCGGAAGAAUCGUCCCUCCAAAGGAUUGGAGAGUUAUUUAGGAGAUACAAGGAUGAACGGGAAGAUGCCAUACUGGAGGAAGGAAUGGAACGAUUUUGCAAUGACCUCUGUGUUGAUCCCACUGAAUUUAAAGUGCUAGUUCUGGCUUGGAAAUUCCAGGCUGCUACUAUGUGCAAAUUUACAAGGAAGGAGUUUUUUGAAGGCUGUAAAGCAAUAAAUGCAGACAGCAUCGAUGGCAUUUGUGCACGGUUUCCCAGCCUCUUACAUGAAGCCAAGCAGGAAGAUAAAUUCAAGGAUCUCUACCGCUUCACCUUUCAGUUCGGCCUGGACUCUGAGGAAGGACAGAGGUCGCUGCAUCGGGAAAUAGCCAUUGCCCUUUGGAAAUUAGUCUUCACCCAAAACAAACCCCCCAUUUUGGACCAGUGGUUGCACUUCCUAGUAGAGAACCCCUCAGGAAUCAAGGGAAUCUCCCGGGACACAUGGAACAUGUUUCUAAAUUUUACUCAGGUGAUCGGACCAGACCUUAGCAACUACAGUGAAGACGAGGCCUGGCCUAGUCUCUUUGAUACCUUUGUGGAGUGGGAAAUGGAGCGGAGGAAAAAGGAGGAAGAAACCAAAUGUAUUACAUCUUCAGACACAGAGGGUCUGUGUGCAGAAGAACAGACUUAACAGCAUUUAAGCGGCAGUGAUGAAAGCAACCUGUUGCCCUUCAUGAGAUGUAAACUCUGGAUGUUUCUGGAGGUUACCAAGGCUCCAGAUUUCUUUUCUACUUUACACCUCUUUCUGCCUUGUAUUCGAAAGGGCUCUAAAAUGCUGUAUCAUGUUUUAGGCACUUUCUUAACUUUGGUUAUUCCUUUUACUCUUACCCUGAAAUAUUUGACCCCGGCUACAAGUUAAGCAUUUUUGUUAAGACUUCAGAUUAGUAUAAGUAAGUCUGAUAUUUCUUGCACAAUGUAGAUCUUUUUAGUUAGGUUAAAUUAACAUUGCUAAAUUAUACAGUGCCAGAUUAAGUUUUUCAUACUAUGUCUGUCAGGGCAGGUCUGUACUGUGCGUAGUGCUGUUUACAUUGUUGAAAAUUUAGGCUAUAAUAAUUUUAAGGUUUUAUACCAAGAAUAUAGCAGUGUUAACUUGAAAUGCAUUAAUCCCCUCCUAAUAAGGCCCUUAAAAAACAACGACAACAAAUCCAACAACAUAAGCAACAGCUUUUUGUAAUACGGCUCAUUGCCACUUGAAGCUAACUCCUUGUGACCGAGUCAAAUCAUUCCUUUUUAUUUUCAGUUUCAAACUAAAUGUUGGGACUGUUUUUAUAAAGUUACUGUACCUGUCAGUCAACUGAGUGGUAGAUGAGGAUUUGUAUCGAAAUCUCUGACACAACACGUAAUAAAAGAGCAGUGCUACCUCAGUUUUAUUGAAAGUGGACUUCUUGGUGGACUUCCAUUUUCUUUGGAAGUUUAUUUUUGUGGUUACAGGAGAAUAUUUUUACUUGACUAAAAGAACCAAAGGUUCUGCUUCUUAAGUUUCUUAAAUAUUGACAGAAGCAACACACAAAGCCUGUCUUCAAGGAAAACUGCGGUAUAAUUCUGCUUUAAUUUGUUUGAUUUAUACCUGAAGCAUUAUCUUACUUGUCUGGCAAGCACAGUACUUCUAUGUGAGGAACCAGUUUUUUUAAAGCUAUGCUUAAUUGCUAAAUUGCAGUUAAUACUCCACACUUUCUGGAGCAACAAUAUCGGCAUCUGAUGACAAAGUGAAUUCGUAAUGUGUUCUUAAUGACAACAGUGUAGACAAGUCAUUUUUAGACUGAUUUGAUAAUAUUUGGAAAGGAGUAAAUUUAUUAUUUUACAAUGCCUGUAUUGGGACUAUUUGCCUGUUGAAAUUGUUGUGACUUAAAGGGAAUUUUAUUAACACUGGUUGAAGCUUU